UCUCUUGUUCUCUCAAAUCUCAUUAACUUCAAGGCUAAGGAAAAACAUUACUGAUCAAAUACCAGAUAGCCAAGGAAAAGAAGCUAUUUCUUAAUUUUCCAACUCCCUUUAUACUCUCAACAAGUCCCAAGUCACUACUCACUCGCAAGCAGAGAAAAAUGAAUAGGUCACAGCCACAACUUCAAUGGUUAUUUCUCAAGUUAUUCUUGGUUUCAUUGUUCCUCCAUUUCCAUACCUCUUAUGGUGAUGUUGGAACCGCAGCCCAGUAUUCUUCCCCAUAUUUACCCACAGCAUGUUAUGGAAGCGAUGCGUCAAACUUUCCAUCCGGGAACUUUUUCGCAGCAGCCGGUGAUGAAAUAUGGGACAAUGGUGCAGCUUGUGGAAGGCAAUACUUUGUGAGGUGCAUCAGUGAUUCAACACCAGAUGCUUGUAAUCAAAACCAGACAAUUCUGAUCACGAUUGUUGAUUACAUGGGUCAACCACCUUUUGCCCACCCAACUUAUAACACCACCAUGGUUUUGUCCAACACAGCUUUUGGGACUAUUGCAAAUUCAUCAACUGCUUCUUCCUACAUCAAUAUAGAGUUUGAACGGUAA